AUGUCGCAGCGAAAGUUACAACAGGAUAUUGAUAAGCUCCUUAAGAAAGUUAAAGAAGGUCUGCAAGAUUUUGAAGAUGUUUACGAUAAAUUUCAAAAUACAGAUGCAUCCAACACCUCCUACCGGGAGAAGCUGGAGAGCGAUCUUAAGCGGGAAAUCAAGAAGCUACAAAAGCACAGGGAUCAGAUCAAAACGUGGCUAAGCAAAGAAGACGUCAAGGAGAAACAACAAGUUUUGAUGGAGAAUCGCAGGCUGAUAGAGUCUGGCAUGGAGCGAUUCAAAUCGGUGGAGAAGUUAAUGAAAACCAAACAGUUCUCCACUGAGGCGCUCACGAACCCAGAUAUUAUCAAAGAUCCUCGGGAGUUAAAGAAAAGAGACCAGUUUUUGUUCGUCCAGGACUGUUUGGAGGAACUGCAAAAACAACUCGAGUCAUUUGAAGCACAGGAGGAUGAGCAUCAAUGCGAAAGGCACGUUUUCCAUAUCACCAACCUGGAGAAUAUUCUUAAGCAGUUGCAAAAUAACGAGCUCGAGCCUGACACAGUUGAGGAAUAUCAAGAGGAUAUUCAAUAUUACGUGGAAAACAAUGACGAUCCGGAUUUUAUCGAAUACGACACAAUCUAUGAAGACAUCGGGUGCGAGAUACAGCCUGGCGAGGAAAGUAAGGACGUUGAUACGCCUUCAAAAGCAGCUAGGCCCGCCAAAGCGGAGAGGUCACCAAAAAAAAGAGACUCGUCCGUUGAGAUCGCACCCAUGUCCUCCUCGAGUUCAGCUGCAGAGAAAGAUAAAAGCAGAAGUUUGACGGCGUCGCCAAACGUUUCAUUCUCCAAUCUAGCGUUUUCGCCUGGGAAAAAAGACGCUCUUCAGCAAUCGCAGCUUGCUGACAGGAGCGCUACUCCUAUUCAGAAUCAAACAACCCAAAGUCAAAUGCAAACACCAAAUCAAGCUCAAACACCAAAUCCAGCUCAAUUACCAAAUCCAACUCAAACGCAAAAUCAUACGCAAGCCCAACCACAGACUCAAAAUCGAAGUCAAGCGCAGACAGCGACAGUCGAAGCUCCUAAAGAUAUCUCGAAGCAAAUUGAAGAACUUUUAGCACAGGACAGAGCUCAGAACGCUGCAUUCCAAAAUCCUCUCUUCCAUCCUGGUCUUGACCAUUGGCUCCAAACUAAACGCACAUUGCUGCAACCUCACGAAACAAUGCCGGCAGAAAUGGCCUCUCAACUCGAGUCCUCACUACUGAAUUGUCCAGACUCACUCGAUGCUGAUACUCCACAUUUGCAUCACAAUACACUUUCAUUACCGCAUCCCACGUCCAUAUUUUUCCCUAAUGAGACUACUAGGCUUGUAUCAAAUGAUCCGGUAGAUCAAACCAGGAUUCAUCCUAAGCAUAAUGAUAUCUAUUCCAGGACUUCUUUGGGACGCAUUAUGUCAAAAUUCGAUCUGGACGCUUUAUUUUUCAUUUUUUACCAUUACCAGGGAUCUUACGAACAGUUUCUGGCAGCUCGUGAGCUUACAAUUAGAGGCUGGCAAUUUAACAAAAUUAAUCGUUGUUGGUUUUACAAAGAAGUAGAAAAACUCCCUCCUGGUAUGGAGCAAUCUGAGGAAAUUUCCUGGAGGUAUUUUGAUUAUCAAAAAUCGUGGCUCGCAAGACGUUGCGGCGCAGAAUUUGUUUACCGAGAGGAAGAAUUUGAAAGGAUAUAA